AUGUUUGUCAAUGAAAUGGAGAAGAUUGAACCAUCACUGAAAGAGAUGAAAGAAGUAGAGUCUGCUUUAAGAGCUCAGCCCAUCGCAGGCAUAAAUACUUGGGCGAAGUCUAGGCUAGUAGACUGCCAGACACAAUGGGAGAAACUGAGCAAACAGGUUAUUAGUCAGAAAAAUCGCCUGUCUGAAAGUCAGGAAAAAGCUGUAAAUCUGAAGAAGGAUUUGGCAGAGAUGCAAGAAUGGAUGACCCAAGCUGAAGAAGAAUAUUUGGAGAAAGAUUUUGAAUACAAGUCCCCUGAAGAGCUAGAGAAUGCAGUGGAGGAAAUGAAGAGAGCGAAGGAGGAUGUGUUGCAGAAAGAGGUGCGGGUGAAGAUUCUCAAAGACAACAUCAAGAUGUUGGCCGCCAAAGUGCCGUCUAGUGGUCAGGACCUGGCAACUGAGCUGAAUGUUGUGCUGGAGAACUACCAGCUACUGUGCAAUCGGAUCCGAGGGAAAUGCCACACUUUGGAGGAGGUGUGGUCCUGUUGGAUUGAGCUGCUUCAGUAUCUUGAUUUGGAAACAGCUUGGCUAAACAAUCUGGAAGAAAGGGUGCAAAUGACAGAAAAUCUGCCUGAUAAGUUGGAUGCUGUCAAUGACGCUCUUGAGUCCCUGGAAUCAGUCCUGCGCCAUCCAGCUGAUAAUCGAACCCAGAUUCGGGAACUUGGGCAGACACUGAUUGAUGGAGGGAUUCUUGAUGAUAUCAUCAGUGAAAAAUUAGAAGCUUUCAACGCCCGCUAUGAGGAAUUGAGUCACUUGGCAGUGAGUCGGCAGAUCGCCUUGGAACAGCAGCUUCAGACCAUGCGAGAAACUGACCACAUGUUGCAGGUCUUGCAGGAAAAUUUAGUGGAGCUGGAUAGACAGCUGACAUCUUACCUGACUGAUAGGGUAGAUGCCUUUCAGAUGCCCCAGGAGGCCCAGAAAAUUCAAGCUGAAAUUGCAGCUCAUGAGUCUACCUUGGAGGAGCUCAAGAAAAGUGCUCGCUCUUUUCCUCCUGCUUCUCCGGAAUGUAGGUCUCCCCGUGGUGGAACUCAGCUGGAUGCUUUGCAGAGAAAGCUUCGUGAAGUAUCUACAAAGUAUCAGCUUUUCCAGAAACCAGCCAAUUUUGAGCAGCGCAUGUUGGAUUGCAAGCGGGUAUUGGAUGGUGUAAAAGCAGAACUUCAUGUCUUGGAUGUGAAGGACACUGACCCAGAUGUAAUCCAAGCUCAUCUGGACAGGUGCAUGAAACUCUAUAAGACCCUCAGUGAGGUGAAAUUGGAGGUUGAAACUGUCAUCAAGACAGGAAGGCAAAUUGUACAGAAACAACAGACAGAUAAUCCCAAAGGGAUGGAUGAACAACUGACAGCAUUGAAAUUUCUUUACAAUGACUUGGGGGCACAGGUGACGGAAGGAAAACAAGACCUUGAAAGAGCAUUGCAGCUGGCACGCAAAAUGAGGAAAGAGGCUGCCUCUUUGUCAGAGUGGUUAGCUACCACUGAGGCUGAGCUUGUGCAGAAGUCCACUUCAGAGAGCUUGCUUUCUGAUCUGGAUUCAGAAAUUGCCUGGGCCAAAAAUGUGCUGAGAGAGCUGGAGAGGAGGAAAGCUGAUCUGAAGAGCAUCACGGAAAGCUGCACUGCACUCCAGGCUCUGGUGGAAGGUAGCGAGACUUCACUGGAGGAGAAACUGUGUGUCCUUAAUGCUGGCUGGAGCAGAGUUCGGACCUGGACUGAGGACUGGUGUGACACCUUGUUGAAUCAUCAGAGCCAGCUGGAAAUUUUUGAUGAAAAUGUUGCCCACAUAAGUACUUGGUUGUAUCAGGCUGAAGCCUUGCUGGAUGAGAUUGAGAAAAAGUCAGCAAGCAAAAAGGAGGAAACUGUGAAGCGCUUAACAUCUGAAUUAGAUGAUGUUAGUCUGCGAGUGGAUAAUGUGCGUGAUCAGGCUAUCAUCCUAAUGAAUGGUCGGGGGGUGUCAUGCCGUGAACUUGUUGAACCCAAACUGGCAGAACUGAACCGUAACUUUGAGAAGGUCUCUCAGCACAUCAAAAGUGCCAAGAUGCUUGUUGGACAAGAACGGCUUCCUGUCAUGUCAGAGCCCCGUGAAGUCAGAGCUUUUCCAGACCUGGAAAAAUUUGAGAGUGACAUACAGAAUAUGUUAAAAGUUGUGGAAAAGCAUCUGGAGUUGAGUGGGGAAGACGAAAAGCUGGAUCAAGAAAGAGCUCAGAUUGAAGAAGUUUUACAGAGAGGAGGGCAGUUGUUACAGCAGCCUAUGGAGGACCAUAAGAGAGAGAAGAUCCGCAUACAGCUGUUGCUUCUGCAGAAAAAGUACAACAGUGUGCAGGAGUGCAGGUCAUUUCAAAGGAGGCAGGUGGUAGAACUCUCUCCAGUGUUUUCCCAGUAUAAGAAGGAACAUGACAAUCUAAUGAAGUGGCUGGAUGAGGCUGAGCACCGUCUGUCAGGGCUGCAAGGUGUGGAAGAUGAACAAAAACUACAG